CAGCCCUCUAUACUCUGGCAACCACCUGUUUGUUCUCAGUAUCUAUUACUCUCUGUUCAUUGGUCUUUUAGAUCCCACAUAUAAGUGAUAUAGCACAGUAUUUGACUUUCUCUGACUUAUUUCACUUUGCAAAAUAUCCUCUAGGUCCAAUGCACCUUACCAGUCAACCUACAAGAAACGCAGCAGAAUCACUCUGAUUAACUGUGUGAAUGCACACAGCUGUGUGUAAUAAGGGACCAGAAGGCCUUGAUUCUGCCUCUUGUGCAAAGUAAACUUCUAAUUAUGCCUACUAUAUACAUUUAACACUGCUGCCCAGGCAAUGUUCUCAAAUCUAUACUCACUGAUACUUUUAAUCUGCACAAGCCCCUUAUGUUGUGGGUUUGCUUUAGUCCAAUUUUACAAAGGAAAGAAGAGAGGCACAGAAGGACGAUUCUCCUAGACCAAGGAUAUCAGGUAGGUAAAUGUGGUCUUUUAGCAGGAGCUUUAAACCAUGGUGCUGAUCUUCUAGAGGUUAUACUUAUAACUGGUUCACAAUAAUCUUUCUGCUUAUAGAGUUAAUAAACCCAACCAAAACUUUGCUAAACAGAAGAUAUCCUGCCUUUUAAAAUAAAUAAUUUCUUACAAGCUGUAUCCUAGCAAUCUCUUGCAUCUUGACUUUUUGUUUCUCCUUGUGCAACAUCAGCUAGUACCAGGAAUUACCUUGAUGAUAGGUUAAAAGUUUACAAGGAGGAAGGUGACUUAGUGAAACUGGCAAAAAUCAUAUUUUUAUGGUUCCUCCCUAAAUACUGGUGCUAUAUAUAGUUGGUCAUUCUUUUCCAGUUCAGUUGACUUAAGAGAUACUUGUUGCUGUUGCCCAGUUGCUCAAUUGUAUCUGACUCUUUGUGAACCCGUGGACAGCAGCACACCAGACUCCCCUGUCCUUCACUAAAUCCCAGAGUUUGCUCAAAUGCAUGUCCAUUGAGACGAUGAUGCCAUUCAACCAUCUCAUCUUCUGUCACCCACUUCUCCUCCUGCCCUCAAUCUUUCCCAGCAUCAGAGUCUUUUCCAAUGAGUCAGCUCUUCACAUCAGGUGGCCUAAGUAUUGGAGCUUCAGCUGCAGCAUCAGUCCUUCCAAUGAAUAUUCAGGGUUGAUUUCCUUUAGGAUUGACUGGUUUGAUCUCCUUGCUGUACAAGGGACUCUCAAGAGUCUUCUCCGGCACCACAGUUCAAAAACAUCAAUUUUUGGUGCUCAGCCUUCUUCAUGAUCCAGUUCUCACAUCCAUAUAUGACUACUGGAAAAACUAUAGCUUUAACUAUAUGGACCUUUGUCAGUAAAGUGAUGUCUCUGCUCUUUAAUACGCUGCCUAGGUUUGCCAUAGCUUGAGUCAGGAUCAAAGUAAGGAGGACUCAUGGGAAGUGGGCAAGUUCCCCACAUGAGAGGAAAAGGUGAACAUAGACCACAUUCAAUUCUGAAAAUGCUUUUCUUUACUCAGGUUAUCAAGGCUCUACUUCCCAUCUUCAAAAGAAUCUUUAUUUUUCAUGAAGCCUCAUAAAAUUGAGUGAAAAUGUUGACUUUUCAAAAUGUAAAAUCAUCAUAAUUGUUGUGUUGAAGCUGUGUCUGCGAAGGGCCUCAAGGUGAUGACUAAAUUAGUUCUUGAAGAAUUUUCAUCAAAUUAACUGACUUGUUAUUGACAGAACAUUCAAUGUAUCUGUGUUCUUAUUUGGUUAGUGUUAGUGAUUAUAGUUUGUAACAGUAGGUACAGUGUGUAAACAUUAGGUUAUUAAGUAAUCCACGAGAUAAUUAAUGAAAAUUAUAUAUUUUGAGAAGUUAUGCAUAAUGCUGAAGAGACCUCAACAGGAAAAAAGUUACAAAAAAUAUUCAAAGGUGUCCUGGGAGUAAGGAAAAUAGACAAGGUGUACAGUAACACAUCAUCAGAUGGAACAGUGUUCUUACAGUUGUUUCCUGGGCAAUAAUGUUCACCCAUGGAGAGAAACAAUAAGACUAUAUCCACAGAUUUUAUUCUCCUGGGGCUCUGGCCUGAGUUCAGCCACCUUAUGAUCCUUAUCUACCUCAUCCUUUUGGUCUACUGUAUGGCUGUUAUGAGCAAUGUUGUUCUCAUUCUCCUCAUCUGGCUAGAUUUGCAACUCCACUCCCCCAUGUACUUUCUGCUCAGCCACCUCUCCCUCAUUGACUUGGCCUUGAUCUCAACUUCUGUCCCCAAAAUGGUCACAAACUUCUUCUCAGGGGAAAGAAUCAUAUCACAGGUAGGUUGUGGAACCCAGAUUUUCUUCAGCUUAACCCUGGGAAUUGCUGAGUGUCUCCUGCUAACUCUCAUGUCCUAUGACCGCUACGUUGCCAUCUGUAACCCACUUCAUUACUCAGUCAUUAUCAGCCAUGUCACCUGCAAAAAGAUGGUCAUUGUGUCCUGGACAGGGGGAGCAAUAACUUCCCUGGUUCAUACAGCCUAUGCCAUGCAUUUUCCCAUUUGUCACCCCCGAGAGAUCCUGCAUUUUUUGUGUGAGGUCAUGGCCCUCUUGAAGCUCACUUGUGAGGACAUUUCAGCCUAUGUGAAGUCAGUGGUGGUCUCAAGCUUUCUGGUGGUCCUCAUCCCUCUAAGUCUCAUCCUGGUCUCCUACGCCCUCAUCUUUCUUGCUGUCCUCCGCAUGAACUCCUCUGAGGGCAGGAACAAGGCUCUGGCUACCUGCUCCUCCCACCUUUGUGUGGUCACCCUCUACUUUGGCCCUGCCAUAUUGGUCUACAUGAGACCUGGGUCUUCUAAGACUCCCAAAUUAAAUCAAUCUCUUUUUAUGUUUAAUGCCAUCCUUACCCCUAUGCUUAACCCACUCAGCUAUAGUCUGAGAAACAAGGAUGUUAUAGAAGCUUUGAAGAGUAGAGUCAUCAAUAGAUACCCCCUGAGAAAGAUGAAAAUACAUCUACAUUGCUAUACUUGAUUAUAAUCUCAUGUUUGUAUAUUUAUUUAAAUUGCUUUCAGAAGCCCUUAAGACUUGAAAAAUUCUGUUA